UGUAUCUCAAGGCUUCUUAUGUUGGCUAACUUCCCCUCACCAUUCAUUUUACUCACAUGCGGGAGGAGGAGAACAACAACUGAAAAGAGGCUGUCUGGAAGUAAUGAAACAUAUGUGAAAUAUGAGGAGAGAAAUAGCAGCUGUGGUGUUUUUCCUGAAGAGGCUUGUGAAAAGAGGGGAGAAGUUGGAGUCAGAGAAGGUGGAGCUGUUUGUUGAGAGGCUGGCUGUCGCUCUGCAGGAGAAGUUCAAGGGUCAUUGGUACCCUGAAAACCCAAGCAAAGGACAGGCAUAUAGGUGUAUCCGUGUGAACCGGUUUCACAGGCAGGAUCCAGAGCUUCUUCGGGCCUGCCAUGAGAGCGGUGUUCAGUACAGGGACCUCGGACUGCCUCGUGAACUCACAUUGUGGGUGGACCCUGGGGAGGUCUGCUGCAGAUAUGGAGAACAGAACCCUUGCUUCUCAGUGGCCAGUUUCUCUAAUGAUGAGGAGGAGGACAAAGAUGUUGCAAAGAAGGUGACGAGCGCUUUGGAGAGGGUGACGUCAGACUAUCACUCAGGUUCUUCAUCUGAUGAGGAGGGCAUGCGCACCUCCCCCCUCACUGUUCCCAACAGCCGCUGUACUAAACAGACAAUGAAUCCUGCAGCUCCUACAUGGCAUCCGAAGAAGAUGGUUCCAGGGAAAGGUCACAUGGUUCCCCGGCCUCAGUACACAUUCAGGCCUCGCAGCAGAGCUCCUCACACUUUAAGGCACACCCUGUGGGUCCCUCCAGGCCACCAUGGAGGAUACUGGGACACAAACCCACAUCUGGCACACUGUUACAGUUAGAAAUUAUUGUGCUGGCUGAUCACAAUGGACUGAAGACAAGUUUAAGAUGACUGACCAAUGUUUUUAAACUGGAAUUUUUAUAGCUUAAAUAAUGUUUUUGACAGAAGUCAUUUUUUUGCACUUUAGACCAUUUGUUAGAGUUGAAAUCUAUCACUUGUAUGGAUUAGAUAUUGAAAUUUUAAUACUACACAUGUAGACUCGAUGUACUGUAUUUUUCUUACCAUGGGAGCAAUGAUGCAAGCCACCUAGUGUCCUUUGUGAUGAAAUGUUUUAUUUAUUCAUAGUGUAGGAUUGUCAGAUGUAUAGGCUUAAAUUAAUGGAGUUUUAUUAAACACAGUUUCCAAGCAUCAUCAUGCUUUAUUUAUUCUCAUGGUGUUUUCUGUAACUUAACAACUGUUAAUUGUAAUGCUGGGGUUAUGUUGUUCUUGCAGUAGUUUUAUUUUUAACUACACGUUGACAUUGUUGAAGAGAAAUGAGUAAAACAUGCACCAAUAUUUGAAAUAUUUUGACACUGUUUUGAUGUAAAAUGUAUAUUUGACUAAGAAAUGUUUGUAGCACUACUCAAAUGGUUUAAUAUGCAUAUUGUGAUAUUAUUUAGCAUAAAUGUUCUGCUCACUAGAAUAUUUUUUAAGUUUAUUCCUUGAAUACUUUAAGAACUACAAAUAAACUUUAUUACACAGUGA